CUCUCAGCUGUUGUUGAGCAAACCAGUGACCCUCCCUCGCUCCGUGUGCGCUGCCACAUCUUGACACUCCACGCGGACAUUUGCAGUGCGCAGGAGGAUCACAAGCAAACAUGCCGGAGACAUGCAACAAGGACGGCUACAGCAACAGCAGUAACCAAGGGCCGGGCACUCCGGAGAUCGUGCGAAAGCGCAGGAACAACGUGAACCGGAACAACGCGAAAUGGAACGCGAUCGGGAUGCCGGCGGUCAACGGCGGAGCUGCUUCAGGGGGUGCUGUCACCUCAAGCGGGUGCAGGAGCCUUCUCUCCGCCGUCGCGGGUCCGGGGGCCACGCGGAAUGGCGAUGCGGGAGAAAAAAGAGGGUGGGGUGGGGUGCACGGUGGCGAUAACCGGGUCUUAGACGCGUUGGUUCCCCUGGCUGGCCUGGAGGAGAGGUGGCCGGGGCGAAAGCAAGAGAUCUCGGAACUCGCGGGGCUCAUCGGGGAGUCGACGGACGGGGUGCCUGUACCCCCUCUGCUAGUCACGGGGCCCCCGUGCACAGGAAAGACUUCGGUGGUGAGGGCGGUGCUGGACCACCGGGGGUGCUCCUACGCGUACGUCAACUGCGCGGAGGUCGUCCAGAGGAGGGACUUGCUGGAGGCGCUCGUGGAGCAAGUGGCCGGCGGAUCGAGGGAUGACAUCCUUGCGGCCAACAGAGUCGACCGGACCUUCGGGGACGCAUCUACGGAGAACGGCCCGUCGUCGUCAUCAUCAUCGUCAUCAACAGCAACAGCUACCGCAGCACCGGCAACCGAGGAGGAAGCGAGACUGGGGACUGCGGAGACGAGCACGGAGCAGGAUCUGGUCGUUGACGCAGAAGCGAGGGGGCAACAAGGCGCUGACCACGGCUCGCGGCAGCAGCAGCAGCAGCAGCAGCAGCAGCAGCAGCAACAGCGGAAGGGCCGAGGCCGUGGGGUGAGUGGGCUAGGCAGGCUUGCAGAUUGA